UUCGUCAUAUAUAAAUAUUUUUUUUAAGUCAUUGUUGGAAAAAUUGGAAGAAAUUAAAAGAGUUUGGAAAGAGUUGAAAAAAUGGAAAUUAAAUUUUUCAACCUAAAAGAAUAAGACCUAAAGUAACACAAUGGACAAUUCCUCCACCGCUCGAGUCCCCUCCCACGGCGGCGGCGCAACCACCGUGGUUCAUAUGAUCAACCACAGCCUCCAUCUCAAGUAUGCGAAAUUGGGUUACCGUUUCCUGACUUCACACCUUCUAACCCUAUGUAUAAUCCCGCUCAUUGUCCUCGCUUUCAUCCACCACCAAGAUUUGCUGGUCAUCAUGUCCCGACAUCUCCGGCAAAACCUCGUCGCCGUCCUCGUACUCUCCGCUUUCCUCGUAUCCGGAUCCACCCUCUUCGUCAUGACCCGUCCGCGAUCCGUUUUUCUCGUGGACUACUCCUGCUACCGCCCCCCGGAUCACCUCCGGGUCUCUUACACCAAGUUCAUGGACCAUUCCAGGCUCACCGGGGAUUUCGACGACUCGUCGCUCGAUUUCCAGCGGAAGAUUCUGGAAAGGUCCGGCCUCGGGGAGGAUACCUACCUCCCCGAAGCCAUGCACCAAGUCCCGCCCACCAUUAAUAUGGCCUCGGCUCGGGCCGAAGCCGAGCAGGUCAUGUUCGGUGCCCUGGAUUCCUUAUUCCAGGACACCGGCAUCGACCCCAGGGGCAUAGGUGUCCUCGUCGUGAAUUGCAGCCUCUUCAAUCCCACCCCGUCGCUUUCAGCCAUGGUUGUGAACAGGUACAAGCUCAGAGGGAACGUCCGGAGCUUCAACUUGGGUGGGAUGGGGUGUAGCGGCGGAGUCGUCGCAGUCGACCUGGCGAAGGACUUGUUGCGUGUUCACCGGAACACUUACGCCGUCGUCGUCAGCACCGAGAACAUCACCCAGAACUGGUACUUUGGGAACAACAAGUCCAUGUUGAUCCCAAACUGCCUCUUCCGCGUCGGUGCUGCUGCAGUCUUGUUGUCCAACAAGGCUGCAGACAGACACCGCGCGAAGUAUAAACUCGUCCACGUCGUCCGGACCCACAAGGGUGCGGACGACACGGCUUUCCAGUGCGUCUACCAGGAACAGGACACCGCCGGGAAAACGGGGGUGUCCCUGUCGAAGGACCUGAUGGGGAUCGCCGGCAGCGCCCUCAAGUCGAACAUCACGACGCUGGGCCCGCUGGUGCUCCCCAUCAGCGAGCAGCUCAUGUUCUUCGCCACGCUCGUCGCUAGAAAGCUCUUCAGGAAUGCCGGAAUCCGGCCAUACAUCCCGGACUUCAAGCUGGCGUUCGAGCACGUGUGCAUUCACGCCGGCGGGAGGGCGGUGAUCGACGAGCUCGAGAAGAACCUCCGGCUUUCGCCGGUCCACGUGGAAGCGUCGAGGAUGACGCUUCACCGGUUCGGGAACACGUCGUCCAGCUCCAUCUGGUACGAGCUGGCCUACGCGGAGGCCAAGGGGAGGAUCCGAAAGGGAAACAGAGUGUGGCAGAUUGCGUUUGGUAGCGGGUUCAAAUGCAAUAGUGCUGUUUGGAAAGCUCUGGGCGAUGUGAAGCCCUCUCCAAACAGUCCCUGGGAAGAUUGCAUUCAUAAGUAUCCCGUGGAAUUGCCAAACUAAAUUGUUUGAAUACAUAAAUUAUUAAGGAGUACAUCUCUAUAUCAUAAAGAUUGAUGAUUAUGAGGGGCUCUCCAUGCAACUCCAAUCUGUGAAUCUUAAAAUGAGAUGGAUAUAGAAAAAAAUAAUACUGCAGUACUCCCUGAUAAAUCAACUUAGUACAAAAAU